AUGGUCGACUUCUCCAUCCCCGAAAAUGUCACCGGAGAUGAUGCACCACCUGCUCCUCCUAACUUCAUCUGUCCCUUUAAACGGCCAUUGUCAUCCAAGACUCCCACCAUUGUCCUCAAGGAUGAGCAGUUGAAAGCACUAGUUGGAGCAAAGAUAAUUCCUGGAACCACGGAGGUGUUUCUGAGUCAUUUUGCCAAUAGGAUGGAUCCACUCUCAGCAGUCAUGGCUCCAAGAUAUUAUCAUCAGGCUCGUAGCAGCAGCAAGAAGGAUGAUAACAAUAUGAUCUGGUCAUGCUCAUGCAGUUGCACCCUAACAUACUGCAAUAUGGAAACUGGACCACGGUACGUAAUUGAAGACCACUUCGAACUUCCAGAAAAGAAGGGCCAUAACCUAACGAGCCUUGGCGGGGGAUCAAUAUAUCAAUUUAUUGUUCAAGAGAACGGCCAUGUCCUAGCAGCUGUAAGCGACCCAAGGAAAAGGGUGGCUUUCCAGCUGGUUAUCAAUCAGAACUAUGUAUUGACUCGGACUCUUUAUAUGAUAAAUUGA